UCGCACAACUUUUGUGACUGGGAGCGCACUCGCACCCAGCUCCUCUCGCCGCCGCCCUCUGCCCGGCGCCCCGGCAUGUGAGCGCGGGCGGCCGCCGCCACCAUGGCCUCGCCGCGCGCCCCGCGGUGGCCGCCACCGCCGCCGCUGUUGCUGCUGCUACUGCUGCUGCUGCCACCGCCCGCCACCCCCAGGACGCGGGGCCCCCUACCCUCCCUGGCCAACCACGCGCUCCUCCCGGCCGCAGGACCGCCUUUGCCGCCUGGCCCCGGACAUACGGCCCCCGGGCCCGGUGUCACGACCCGGCGGGGACGUUCUGGUCGAGUCCCCAGAGGCGUGAGAGCGGCCACUGCAAGGAGCCACUGGACAGAAAGCAACAACACUGAACCCCACAUAGGAAAUACCCCCUUUUAUCCAAGUCAAGAGGACCAUUCAGGUUCCAGAAAGGGAGUGACAGCUCAGACUGCCAGGAUGAGCCGCAGUUCUUCAGGAGCCCCAGAAAACCCCUCUUUCAUACGUGAGACAAGUGUUGAGGGGAAGAACACGUCUUCCAGCAGAGCAAACACCACUGUUCUGCAGACUGGACACUCAACUGAGAUCACCACCGCCCUGACCGCCCACGGUAGCUCCUCGUCCUUGGAGAGCCUUCCACAGUCACCCAGCAGUCCCAGGUCAGAAGGAAGAGUCACAUCUUCUCAAACGCAGAGUGGAAUAUUCCCGGGCUUCCAGGAGAGGGUGAGGGAGGGCCCAGAAGAAGGGACCUUGCACACACAAGUGGCUGGCACUUGGGUUUCCAGCCAAGCCUCCCUCCCUGCUGUGGAACUUGGGGAUUCAACCAUGUUCUCCCAGAAGAGAAAUCCAUCAGGCCAGGAGCCCUCCAGGCAGCAAUUCUCUUGGACCCAGAGUCGACCACCUCCCUCAGACCAUCCCUCGUCUUCUGGAAGUAUAAAGAAUGUUAACAACUCCACUGAUCUCCAAAGCCCAUCAGUCACCCAGACAAAGAGUACACACGUCACCAACACGUUCACUAAUGGUGUUCCAAGAAUGCUCCGGUCUUUGACUGUCAGUGCGGAGCCUAUAAACGAGACAGAGAGUUUCUCUGAGCAUUCCAGAGUUGCCAUAACUUCAGCCUCAGUCCAUUCUUCACCUUCUGUGGUUGACUCAAGGACAAACAGCAGACUAACUGGGAGUAUGGCAGAUGGAGAAGGCAUUGAGCCAUCUACAGAAAACGGACUUGGACUUCCAUCAAUACACUGGCAAAGUGAUUCCCCCACCUUUGGAGGACACCAGCUUGCCAGCAGCUCAGAACCAGGAAAUGGAAGUGCCACACCUCUGACUGAGACAGUGUUUAGGUCAGUCCCCUCCAUUGGCGGUGGAGAGAGCACAGGACAGUGGUUUCCCGGCGAGAGCAAAACAUCUACAGAUCCAGCCGAAAGCUCGGCUUUGCAUCCAGAUGCUGGGAGCAGCAGGGGUUUGACUCAGUUGGCACACACUGCUCAACAGCCCCGAGAUGGGAGCUCGGGAUUGGGUGGGAAGAGUUACUCGGAGUCUGCAUCUACAUCUGCCUCAGAAAGUCUGGAUUCCUCAGCACCACAGCGAGGACAUUCAACUCCAGAAGAUGACACACUGCUGAGGGACAGCUCAGACCUGCCAGAGAGCACUUCUAGGGCACGUGCCCUGCACACGUCUGUGAUGCUCACCCAGAGCGGGGAACGCACACUGCGGUCCCUCGGCUUCUCACGCACUGCGACCCACCCAGUGCACCCCACUCCGCGUGGAAACGUGACAGAGCACACGGGUCUGCUGUCUCGGGCACCUACCCUUGGAGUCACUGGACUUAGCUAUGGUCAAGAGCAUGGCUCAGACGCUGAACAAAGGACCUCCAGCGGCCACACAGACCACGCCUAUGUUCCGUCUGCCUUCACCAAAGGAGAACGGGCAUUACUGUCCAUUACAGAAAACUCUUCAUCCUCAGACACCAGCGAGAGCUCAACUUCCUCCAUUAAGAUCUCAGACUCUCCACACUUAGACUUUUCUUCUUCUCAGGCUGAAGGACGUAACGUGUCCUCCCAUGAUGGUGGACCUGCUCAGUCUUCCACCGAGUCACUGGUUCUACAUACAUCCAGCCUUCCGUCCUAUACAUCCACCAUUAAUGUGCCGGACAACUUGGUUCUUGAUGCCAUUACUAACUCUGUUGAGGACCCAUCUGAUUCGGGGGCUCCAUCAUCUCUCCCGUCAGUGUCACAACCCCACCAGUUUUCAUCAGCCUUCCCAUCAACUGGGUCUCCCAUACAGCAGCUAAAGUCUACCUCUGAGACAGCCACGCCCUCGUCAUCCUCACUGUCACCUUUACCCAUCUCCUUAAUGGUGUCAACCCUUGCCCCACACUCUGCCUCACAAACAGACUUCCCACACUCAUCUUCCACCCUGGUCCCACCCAGGGCAAGGGAACCACGUGUAACGUCAGUCCAGAUGUCAACAGUGGAAUCAGCCAUAGCAGCGUUCCCCAGUAACCAAACAGCAGACCCCAAGAACCAGAGCGCCCCACAGCAAGAGAAAACCAUCACAGAAGCUAAGUCACCAAGCCUGGUGUCUCUGCCCACAGACUCUACCAAAGCAGUAACGAUGAGCCUGCCUCCAGGCACCCCCUGGCCCCCCGCCUUGAUGGGGUCCUCCACAGAGCCAGCCCUUCCCGCCACAAGCACCACCUUAGCCCAGAUGUCUCCGGCUUUGACAUCUUCCAUUCCCCAGACUACUCACGCUCCUAUGACCAAUCCCAGCACCCUGUCAAGCACGGAAGCUUCGACCCCAGGCAUCAUCAUUGUGCACACCACCCCUGAGAAACAGCGCCAGCCAACCAACCCUGAAAUUCUAGUGCCACCAACCUCAACAGAAGGGGCCGUCACCACAGAAGGGAACCGGGUGCGUGUGGGUCCUACCACUCCCUCUGUCCCUCUGACUACUACACCCACAUCAGCGGAAGUGACCACUAUGCUCAGCCCGGAAGAGGAGGCCAGCCCAAUUUCACAUUUUCUCAGAACAUCUUCACCCCAAACUACAGAUGUUUCUACAGCUGAAAUAUUGACUUCCAGAUACACCAGCUUCACUGCUCAGAGCACCCCACAGUCACCAGCAGCACUGUCCCCUCCAACUCCAGUCAACAGCUGUACCGUGAACCCUUGUCUUCAUGAUGGCGAAUGCAUCGUGGACCUCACCGGUCAUGGGUAUCGAUGUGUAUGCCCACCUGCCUGGCAAGGGGACAACUGCAGUGUGGAUGUGGACGAAUGCCUCUCAAGCCCCUGUCCACCCCUAGCCAUGUGCAACAAUACUCAGGGAUCUUUCACCUGCAGAUGCCCAGUUGGGUAUCAGUUGGAGAAAGGAAUAUGCAAUCUGGUUAGAACCUUCGUGACUGAGUUUAAAUUAAAGAAGACUUUUCUCAAUACUACUGUGGAAAACCAUUCUGACAUUCACGAGGUUGAAAACGAGAUCGCUCAAACAUUAAACUUGUGUUUUUCAACGUUGCCUGGUUAUAUCCGAUCUACAGUUGGCGUGUCUAGAGAGCCCAGUACACUGGCGAUCUCACUGCAGUCCACCUUUGCCCUGGCCUCCAAUGUGACACUAUUUGACCUGGCUGACGGGAUCCAGAAAUAUGUCAACUCCUGCAGGUCCUCUGCUGAAGUCUGCCAGCUCUUGGGGUCUCAGAGGCGGAUCUUUAGAGCGGGCAGCCUGUGCAAGCGGAAGAGUCCAGAAUGUGACAGAGAGACCUCCAUCUGCACCGACCUGGAUGGCGUCGCCCUGUGUCAAUGCAAGUCAGGCUACUUUCAGUUCAACAAGAUGGAUCACUCUUGCCGAGCGUGUGAAGAUGGAUAUAGGCUAGAAAAUGAAACCUGUAUGAGUUGCCCAUUUGGCCUUGGUGGUCUCAACUGUGGAAACCCUUAUCAGCUCAUCACUGUGGUGAUAGCAGCAGCAGGAGGUGGCCUUCUGCUCAUCCUGGGCAUCGCACUCAUUGUUACCUGUUGCAGAAAGAGUAAAAAUGACAUAAGUAAACUCAUCUUCAAAAGUGGGGACUUCCAAAUGUCCCCAUACGCCGAGUACCCCAAGAAUCCUCGCUCACAAGAAUGGGGCCGAGAAGCCAUUGAAAUGCACGAGAAUGGGAGCACCAAAAACCUUCUGCAGAUGACAGACGUGUACUACUCGCCUGCAAACGUGAGGAACCCUGAACUUGAACGCAACGGACUCUACCCGGCCUACACUGGACUGCCCGGAUCCAGGCACUCAUGCAUCUUCCCUGGACAGUAUAACCCAUCUUUCAUCAGCGAUGAGAGCAGGAGGCGAGACUACUUCUGAGUCCAGGAGAGAGGGGCCCAUUCCUCUGAGCCACUUCUCCAGACCUCUGGCUCGGAGGACUGCACUCAAAGGGAGCACCAGGCACUAGCGUGCCUAGGACUUGUCAGAGCCACACGAGGGGCAUGACCACAGCGGAAAGGGACAGAUGGAUGCGGAACCACAGGCUGCUCAUUCCGCACUGUUAUUACUGUGAACACGAGCCUGGGCCAGUACCGAGUCUCUGAAUAUCUGGCAUGUAGUCCUGACUGAUUUCCACGGGAGACCACUAGGCAUCAUCCCCGGGACCCAGUUUCCCCUUAAUUUGCACUUUAAUAGAUUGGGCAGGGAGGUUUCAUUUUCCACUCAUUUCCAGACUAUUCCAGAAAGCCUUCCUUCUAGGAUACUUCUACAGGCCUCAGUUUGGUGAUUGAUUGGCAGCUGGGUGCUGGCACUUUUGUUUUCCUGCCCGGUGCCUCGUGCUAAACAACAGAUGGAGGUAAACAUACUGCUAUGAUCUAGCGAUGCUGCAGUCAAGGGCAUAGUAUUUUAAGGUUUGUAGGUUGUCUGUGCUCAUUUCCAAGCCAACACCCUAAAUGAGAACUUGACAUUUGCAAGUCGGGGUGAAACGUUUGCUUACAAUUUAUUCAUUUUACUUCUGCAAGCAAGAAUGAAUCAGGGCAAAAUAACUUUCAUUUGGUAUCAUUUCAUUAGAAGUAUCCAGCUGAACCUUAGUAAGUUCCAGCAGGCAAUAUCAGGCUGGUCCUCCAUGUGGUAGUCUUUGAUCCAUGAGGGAGUGGCAUGGGGCCCGAGGUCUCUGACGCCCAGUGUGGAGCCAGAGUCUACAGGAAUGUAGUAGAAGAGGGGUGAUCACAGGUGCAUCUGAGUUAGCGUCUCAACAUCGAAGGAAAAGUAGCCUGAAGUGCCCACAGCAGGAUGUGACAGGAAUGGACUCAAUAUCAUUUCCUGCAUCGCCCAGUGUUUUUGAGAAGCUGAGGGGUUUCCCCAAGGAAGAAUAGGGAGCUAUGAAGGAGCCACAGGUAAGGCUGUGUGCCUGCUGAUCUUUGAACCCAUAAUGUUGUCCACAAACUCAUGGAAAUUUUUAACCACUCAAAGCUGUUUACUCACCGAAGAGAAAGCUUGGUCAUUUCUCUCACCGGUCAUCGACAUGUCUGUGUCCUUGUGCAGUGUCCCCUCAAGACUCAGCUAUGGUCCAAGAUGGCCUUGGAGACUGGCCAGCUAGGGGGCUGAGAGCUUGCUUUGAGGGAAGGGAGUUCUGUGUCUUGUUUGUUGCAUUGUAGCGGGAUCCCAGUGUGUUGCAGGGAGGGGAGUUCUGUCCCCUGUGGAACUUGCUCAUUUAUCAGUUUGUGGAAUACUCUGGGUUUGGACAAAGUGAAAAGGUCAAAACAUUGUCCUCACUCUGAAGCUGAGAAUUUAGUGGCAUGUCUUUCUGGAAAUGGGGCAGCUGUUGGAGAUGGAUCUAUGUGUGUUUGUCUGUGGUUCUCUGGUUCCUCCAAAAUUUACACAGGUCCCCAUCCUGUUUUAAGUGUGCACUGUGUCCCGUGGUGUCCGCCACUCAAGGCCAUUAGCCAGGUGUGGUGAGUUUUGAUCAUCAGACCAUGCUCAUUAGUACAGAGAGAGCUACUGUACUAAUGUUGCUGACUUAAAGUUGCAAAGCAUUGCCACCCAGAAGCCAUGGGUCUUGCCUCCAUCUCGCUGUGGAACCGAUGGCUCCUUCUGUCUUUGUGAGCUCGUCUGCUCGGCUUGCUUGAGCCCAGGUGCCUUGUGAGGUAGCCUGGUUCUAGCCCUUCCCUCAGUGUCCCUGUUUGUCCCAGGCCUACUGCCGUGAGAAGUCAGUGUGGUCGCUGUUCCCAGACACAUCUAAAGCCUUCAGCUGGCAUCACAGCUACUGAGCACCUGGCUUAGGGGCCAGAAUCACACAGCACCUGUACAGGGCCAGAAACCUCAAACUCCACACAAUGAAAAUUCCAGAAAAAGUCCUGGGUGUCCUGUGAAUUCCAAAAAUGCUCGCUGACUUGUGAGUUUGGUUCAAAUAGAGUCAAUGAAGAGUGUUUCAUUUUGUUCUUUUUUACUGUGAAAAAAAAAUGAGAGUGCUAAGCAAGGUGAAUUCCAACUUAGUCUACCGUCUCGGGGGUCCAGGGAGUUUGAGGUAGAAAGGCUUGAAGGAUUUGUAAAAGAGACAUGACUUGCCUGGGACUCCCUGCUCACCGUUGAGAGGAAUGGAGUGACUGGGUCUCUCUGGCUUGGGGUUAUGUCCAGAUGGAGCCUGAAGAUAGGAUGUCAGCCCAUGAGCAGGACAGACAGGAUGAACCCAUGGUGGACAGGAGUGUUCAGAGACUGUCCCCAUACCCAGAAUGCACAGUUCAGGUGCAUAGACAUGACACAGUCCGGCCCUACGGUCCCAUGAUGAGGGAAGCGGCGAGAGGGGAAAGGCUACACGGCCUAGGAGAUGCUUGCGGGCAGAAGAGACAGGCCAGGCAGAACUUACCUAUUCUGAGGGGCUCAGGAGCAGGAAAGAGAAAGGAGGGCUUCCCAAUCCAGCCUGAGCUCUGUGUAAACUCCAAGGGGUCCUCUUUUUUUUUUUGUAUUUAAUUUUUGCUCCACAAAGGGCUUAUCAAUUAGUAGGAUAUAUAACACCAUGUAUUCCUACCAUGAGCAUUCAGAGAGGGGCUGGGAAUGUAGCUUAGGUGGCAGAGUGAGUGCCUAGCAUGUACAAGCCCUGGGUUUGAUCCUCAGUGCCACACAAACUGGACACAGUGGUACACACAUGUAAUCCCAGCCCUCAGAAGUGGAGGUCAGAGGACCCGGACAUCAGGAUUUCCUGGAGUACAUAACACCUAUCGCAAAAAGGAGAAUAUUGGUAGGUUUGUAGUUGGCAAGACGUAUAUUGGUACGUGACUUGGGCUGCCAGAAGUGUAAGGGAGUGCUCUAGAUAGGUCUUUAACAGGCACAGCCAGGCUUAGGUGCCCAUUGAGGCCUGCCUGCUUUCUUCUCAGAGUGAGGCCAUGGCUCCCACACAUUCAUGUGGGGAGCUGUGGGAGCUGGGAACACAGUUGAGUGUCUGGGGUGCUGAAGGAGCUUCCUUGUUGGGGAGGUUAUUUUUAGAAGCAUCAAAGUCAUGUGAAGCAGAACUACUGUGUGAUUGGUACAGUCAAGCUGUCUGGUGGCAUUUGAGGUCAAAAAUGACAACUAUGGUCUAGAAGAGGAAGUCGUAAAAGCUGGCCCCAAGAAGAGAGCAGCAUUGUUGGAAGGAGACUGGCUGACGACCAAGAGUAAAGUCUUCAAAGAUGCUGUCUGUCCAAGAGGGAAGUUCCAGAGUGGGCACAUUAGGAUCACCCAAGCACGUGUCUUUCAGGUGCCUCUUUAUGCCACCUUGCCCAGUAGUGAGGUGCCAGAGUCUCUGUAACUAUAGGGCAUGGCCAAAAGCAGUAAAACUAUACAGCCGAGUUGCCCUUGGCUAAGUGUCCCACAAUACACUCAAACCUAGGGCCUUUACCCAGAGUUGUAAAUUUAUAUUGAUUGUUUUCUUUCAAGACCAAAGCACUUCCUUGGGAAGAACAAUACAAAAUUCUGUGUUUUAGCAUUUUAUUUAAAACAGCCUGUAAUAGCAAAGAUAUUGUCAUCUAUCUGAAAGCUUUUUUCUUUUUAGAAAAGGAUGCACACAUCCCACCUCUUCCUCCCUCCUCCUCUUCCUCUUCCCCUUCCUCUCCCUCCUGCUCCUUGGCAUGUUUGGAGACAGAAAUGGUUUGUAGUUUGUUGUUGGGUAUGUGUGUUCUUUCUUCUCUCAAAUCCCAAUGGGAGGGAAACAAUAGGAACAGUGAAGAUAGUAACUUUGAGCUUUUUAAAAUAACUGGUUAAAAUAAUAAGAACAUUAAGAUAUUACAUGCCAAUCAAUUCCUUGUACUUAAGUGUCUCCACGAGGUUACACUCCUUUGUGUCUGGUGGAAACUUUAGCUCACAGACUAACCUGUGAAACCAAAGGGGGACCCUCCAGAUCUGAAAAGAGGCAGGUCCUGAACUGUAGCUGCCACAGGGGCAUUUUCAAAGAGGGCAUUUCCAAGGGGCUGCCUGGUGGAUUCUCCUGUGUUUUAAAUGGUGGGCUUGAAUUGCUGAUGUUGGGGUGAGAAUGGGGUGGGGUGGAGCCAGUUUGUCAGGGGAACUGAACCCACUCACUCAUCUUUGAGCAUCACCGAGGCCUGUUCUACAGAGAAAAUGACUGUUCGCCACAAGUUGCUGUGAGUUUUGGUGAUGUGUGUGUGUGUUGCUGGCCUUCUGGUUAAAUGGAGAUGAAGCUGCAAUGUGAACUCCAUUCCCAUUGUCCCGGAUUGUCUUCUGUACUCUUGAAACCUGACACCCAGGGUGACUGUGUGAAACCCAUCAUGAGAAUGUUAUUUAAAGUUGUAUUAUAAUGUCGCCUCCACUAAUUAUUCAGUACUGUAGCAGCAAAGUAUUAUUUGUAAGAAUUUGGUUAUUUUUAUACUUAAUAUCCACUCUAAGUCUGGCGUUCUAGUCAGCAAAAAACCCCAAAAAGAUGCAAUAAAAUUAAUACCAUUUCCAUUGGUUUCCUUUUAAAAA